UCUUUAUUCAGUUGGGCGACGCUGUUGGCGCACUCUACACGGCAUACUCUCCACUAUACAGUCGCUUUGAGCACUCAGAAAAUGCGGCAUUCUUUAGCGCCUAUUCCUCAAUCUCAAUGGCCCGAACUGCGAGAUCUCUAUGAGGAACAAAAAAGAUUAUCCAGCUGCUAUAACACAAUUCAAUGUUUCAUAGACUGGAAGGAGCAAAAUAAGGAUGUCGAAAUUAAUAUUUUUUCGCUGGAUGGAGAAUGGGCACAGGAUGGUACCUACGUGGGGAUUAUUAAUGCACCGAGAAUCAAUUACGUAUUCAUCAAUACGCUCAGCGAGAACCCCGCACGUUUACUUGUUGCACUCAAUACGCUCAAAUGCAAUAAACCAUAUAUGAUCUUAGGCUAUCAUGAGCGCCUGAUGCCCACUGUGGAACAACACUAUGUAGAUAUGGAUUUUAAGAGAGAGAAUUUCAAGCCAAGUGGCCUUGCUUGGCAUCACAUAGAAAGAGAAAAAGCGGAACAAUUUGUGGUGGAUGUACCGCAAGGUUACACAUUGCAGCGUUUGGAGACGAAACAUGCCGAACUGGUGAAUAGCCUUUGGCCACACCGUGAACCUGGUUCGAUAGCUUUAGUGGAACUUUUAAUCACCUACAAUGACAGCGUUGGAGUGUUUGAUGGCACAGGAAAUUUGGUUGCUUGGUGUUUGAUUUUACCAAUGGGCUGCUUGGGACUCUUGCAAGUGUUGGACACUCACAAACGUAUGGGUUUUGGUAAUCUUGCCAUUCGUCAUAUGUCCAAAUUAAUUGCCGCAAGGGGCCUUGAAGUUACUGCUCCAGUUGUAUUCCAGAAUGUGGCGUCACGCUCGCUCUUCAAAAAAUUGGGUUUCAAGCCAGUUGGUAAUGCUUACUUUGUAGUUGUACCAAUAGAGUGUUAAAACUUAAAGUAAAGUUUACAGUGUAUGACAUAAAUAAAAAGUUAAUGUGG